AAGCAUUCAGCCAAAACCCUCUUCAAUUCAUGUGCGUCGAACAUGGAUGCUGCUAAAAUGUCUCACUUACCAACAAACAUCACUGCAAAAGACUGUGCGAAACAAUUUCAUGCAAUUGCAAUUUCGCCAAUUCAAGUAGAUUUCUGCAACAAACAAAAAAAAAGCACAAAAAAAUCCACAAAUUUCAUUGCACAUUUUGGGAAGCCACAGCAAAAUCGAGCAUUUGUAGCUGCAACUAUCAGAAAAAAAAACCUCUGUACGGACUAUCAAGACAAAUAACAGGUUCAUAUUACAUCAAUGAUACGAUAUUGUUUAGUUAUUUAACAAAGAAAAACAUAGAAUCCUUGAUAUGGUGAAGCUUUCUGUAAGGAGACUUCGUAGAAAUGCUAAACAAGGUUUAAACAUUUGUGAAAGGGUUCUCUAGUGUUGUAACGGUCAGUAAGUUUUCCACCACAGGAGAGUCUUCAGGGCACAGAACUUUCUUAGUAACAUGACAUGCUGUGUUUUUCUGCCGUUAAUGGAACUAUAAACUGUUAGGAGCAUGACGUGUAGUUAGUUAGAUAGUCACAUCUAUCUAUCUAUCUAUAUGAGAGAGGGUGAAGGAGUGUAGAGAAGCAGGAGGAGGAGUGUAAACACGUGAGAAUGUGAAUGCGUUUAAGAGUGUGUGAGUGCUCAGUGUUGUGUGCUGCUGCACCUGUCCCUCUCCGUCUCGCUGCUCAGUUCCACACACUGUCAGGCUUCUGGGACAGGACAGGACAGGACAUACCAGGGUUGAAUAGGAACGGGAAGGAAAUCUACCGGGACAAGGCGCGAGCUCAGCGGCACGCGUCUGCAGACUACACGCUUGUGGAACAGGCAAACACAUCAAUGUCUUCGUGCUACAGUCUGGAUUUCCUCCCCAGUAUGAUGGUGGAAGGCGGGUUGCUAACCACAGCCGAGCGGAUUAACGGCACAGCUGGGAAGAUGAACGGAGCUCUGGAGCAUUCGGAUCAACCCGAUCCAGACGCGAUUAAGAUGUUCGUGGGUCAGAUCCCUCGCUCCUGGUCUGAGAAGGAGCUGAAGGAGCUGUUUGAACCGUAUGGGGCCGUCUAUCAGAUUAACAUCCUGAGAGACCGCAGUCAAAACCCACCACAGAGCAAAGGAUGCUGUUUUGUCACAUUCUACACACGGAAAGCCGCUCUUGAGGCCCAGAACGCCCUGCACAACAUCAAAACCUUAACUGGGAUGCACCAUCCCAUUCAGAUGAAGCCUGCAGACAGUGAGAAGUCAAAUGCGGUGGAGGACAGGAAGUUGUUUAUCGGCAUGGUGUCAAAGAAGUGUAACGAGAACGAUAUCCGGGUCAUGUUCUCUUCCUUUGGUCAGAUUGAGGAGUGUCGCAUCCUGAGAGGGCCAGACGGACUUAGCCGAGGAUGUGCGUUUGUCACGUUUUCUACCAGGGCUAUGGCACAGAAUGCAAUCAAAGCCAUGCAUCAGUCUCAGACCAUGGAGGGAUGCUCCUCCCCCAUGGUGGUGAAGUUUGCCGACACUCAGAAGGAUAAGGAGCAGCGGCGGCUGCAGCAGCAGUUAGCCCAGCAGAUGCAGCAGCUGAACAGCGCCUCUGCCUGGGGCAGUUUGACCGGCCUGACCGGCCUCACCCCGCAGUACCUGGCAGUAAGAGGCCACACCCACUCGGCCACGCCCAUCAGCACCACAUUGCUACAGCAGGCGACCUCGUCCAGUAAUCUAGGAGCGUUCAGUGGGAUCCAGCAGAUGGCAGGUAUGAACGCUCUGCAGUUACAGAAUCUGGCCACUCUAGCAGCGGCCGCCGCGGCAGCUCAGAGCUCGGCCAGCCCGUCCACCGCUAGUGCCCUGACCUCCAGCACAGGCUCCCUGGGAGCCCUGGCCAGCCCAGCAGGUUCCACAGCUAACUCGAGUGCCGGAGCAAUGGGUUCUCUCGGCUCUUUGGGAACCCUGCAAGGACUCGCCGGGGCCACAGUGGGCCUCAACAACAUUAAUGCACUAGCAGGUAGCGUCAACAUUGCUCACAUGCUCUCAGGUGUGGCUGCCCUGAAUGGCGGCGGCUCGGCCGGCCCCAUGGAUGCCCUCACUCAGGCUUACUCAGGAAUCCAGCAGUAUGCCGCCGCCGCCCUGCCCACACUCUACAGCCAGAGCUUACUUCAGCAGCAGAGCGCCGCCGGGAGCCAGAAAGAGGGACCAGAAGGGGCAAACCUUUUCAUCUAUCACCUGCCGCAGGAGUUCGGGGACCAGGACAUUCUGCAGAUGUUCAUGCCUUUUGGAAAUGUAGUGUCGGCCAAAGUGUUCAUCGACAAACAGACCAAUCUUAGCAAGUGCUUCGGUUUCGUCAGUUACGACAAUCCCGUGUCGGCACAAGCAGCCAUUCAGGCAAUGAACGGGUUUCAGAUCGGAAUGAAGCGCCUCAAGGUGCAGCUGAAGCGCUCUAAGAACGACAGCAAACCCUACUGAUCUAAUUGCUAGGGCCACUCCUCUCUGUCCCUACACUGCUAGGAAACUCAUCUCCAUGACUCUUUGCUCAUCGUUUGCCUAGCAUGUCUACGUGGCGUUCAAAAAAAAAAAAGUCUCAUCGUCUCGUCAUUGUCUCCGAUGUCUUUCUGAGUUCUCCUGAUCAUAAUCUGGUCUCCUCCUACUGAUCUCUCCUCGACUUUGAUCUUAGCUUGAUCUUUGUUGGGUUUUUUUUUUUUCUUUCUUUUCUUGUUUUUUUUUUUUUUUGCAUGUGACCUCAUUUGGAGCUUUUAACUGUUUUUCUGUUUUUUGACCUUUUUUGUUUGUUUGUUUGUUUGUGUUCUUUCUCUUUUUAUGAUAACAGUUGGGGGAGGGAGCGGGGGGGGGGGGCGGGAAAGAAGGAAGGAAAAAAUAUAUAUUAACAAAUGUGAAAAAGCUUAAAGCGCAAAAGCCGCGUUCACACUCGCAGAUAGGUAGAGUCUAUUUAAUAGUAUAACCCGAAGCGUCGUCCUUUUAAGAAGCGCUGUUUUUAACAUUUCACAAAUGUAAUCAAUUUCAUUUUUAAAAACAAAAAAAAACUAAACAAACCUGUGGCACAGAAAUUAAAAGAAUUUGCAUCGUUUGCUAGCUUAAGAUUUUUUUUUUCCUUUUUUUUUCUUAUGAUUUGCUUUACAUUUUCAUUUCUGUUUCUUUCAUUCAUUUAAAGUAAACUUGAAAGUACAAUACAGGGAUUGGCUUCGGGACUUCCUGUCGGCGCAUUUCGAAGUAUGAGAUGCGCAGGUAGACCGAGCCGGUUUCUACGAGAACUAGACUACUUCCAUGCAGUUUUAAUAAAAAAGAAAUAAAAAAAAACUGUCUAAUUGAAUUAAGAGUCUCUAAGAGCGAGCUUGUGGUUUUUACAUUUUUCAGGCAGUGUAAAGUUUUUUGAUAAGGCCAUUUGAAGUGGCUCGGUUUCUCAUUAAAGUCUAUAUAAAACCACUUUUUUCUAGAGUAGUAAAGGUAUAAAAUAAAAAAAUAAAAAACAAAGAAAAAAGAGUGCCCUGUUUGGGGGAAAUGCUACCUACAUGUCACACCUUUUUGCUGAACUGAUCUACCGUUAGACAAUCCGUGGUAUAAAUGCACAUGAAAUGACCUAUAUUUUAUACUGUUUAAAUGUAUAGAGGAAAAAAAAAAGCAACAGUUUUUGUGACCCGCGUUCCCGUCGGUGCUUUUUGUGGAUUGAGUCGUGGUUUCAUCACAAGUCUAAUAGUCUUAUUCGUCUUGUGUUUUUAAAGAGAAGACUAAAAAUCGGUUUACUUGAACAUAGACAAAAACCUAUCAUAGUACUAUUGCUACUAGAGUAUACCUGUUUUUUUUUCUUUGUUUGUUUGUUUGUUUGUUUUGUUUUCUUUCCUUUUUUUUCUUUUUUUUUCUUUUUAAGAGUCCCUAUUUGAAAUUUCUUGUCGGGUAAUUAGCUAUAUAAACCUUUUACAAUGUCAGCUUGUGAAGCAUCAAUGUCAUUCUUAUUAUUAUUUUGAAUUUCGAUUGUGGGAAACAAUAUUUAGAUGUGUCGUUGCGUUCAGCGAAAUGUAUUUUUUUUUUCUUACAAAGGAAAUACGAAAAAAAAACAAAGAAAAAAAAAAACAUGAUGAGUGGACUUUAGUGCCAAAUUCUGACGGUACAUCCUGCCUACAGCUUCAGUGUAUUACUUGUGAAAUGAUUUGAUAACAUGGGUAUUUUAUUACGUAAGUGUUUUGUAUCCCUCAUAUUUAAGGAUAUAGAUUUAAAAAAAAAAAAAAUAGAAAAAAAAUGGCGGUUGUUAACUUGCUACUCUGUGGUCUUGUU